CACACUCUGCGGUUCCUACGAAUCCCUGUGGGUUUCUUCGCAGCUCCUCUCAACCUCAACUUUGCCAUGGCUUCCGCUGGUCUGCAAAUCCUGGGGAUCAUCCUGACACUGCUUGGCUGGGUGAAUGCUCUGGUGUCCUGUGCCCUGCCCCUGUGGAAGGUGACCGCCUUCAUCGGCAACAGCAUCGUGGUGGCCCAGGUGGUGUGGGAGGGGCUGUGGAUGUCCUGCGUGGUGCAGAGCACAGGCCAGAUGCAGUGCAAGGUGUACGACUCCCUUCUGGCACUGCCCCAGGACCUGCAGGCCGCCCGCGCCCUCUGCGUCAUCUCCCUCCUCUUGGCCCUGCUCGGGCUGCUGGUCUACCUCGCGGGAGCCAAGUGCACCACCUGCGUGGAGGACAAGGACUCCAAAGCCCGUCUGGUGCUAGUCUCUGGGAUCAUCUUUGUCAUCUCAGGGGUCCUGAUCCUCAUCCCUGUCUGCUGGACGGCUCACACCAUCAUCCGGGACUUCUACAACCCCCUGGUGUCGGACGCCCAAAAGCGGGAGCUGGGGGCCUCCCUCUACUUGGGCUGGGCGGCCUCUGGUCUUUUGUUGCUGGGCGGGGGGCUGCUGUGCUGUACCUGCCCCUCUGGGGGGUCCCGGGGCUCGAACCAUUAUAUGGCCCGAUACUCGGCAUCGGCCGCACAUGCCACCUCUCAGGGGGUCCCUGAGUACCCCACUAAGAAUUAUGUCUAAAUCUGGUAGGGGAGUGGAGACUCCCUCGACAGUGGAGCCUAACCCCCUGAGCUGGAGACAUGGAGAUGGUAAUCCAGACAGCUUGGGGGCUGUUUUUAUCUUUUUUGCUUUUGGGGGGAGGGGAAUUUUUAAAGUUCAUUUGAAAACCUAACCAAGGAACCCAAGUCUCUCUUGGGCUCAGCUGUUGGUAUUUCUCACCUCUGGAUGAUGGAGCCAAGGAGGUGAUGCUUCACAAAUUCUAGAUCUUUCUCCACCCUGGACAUCCCCAUCUUGGAGGCCAACCUGGAGCUGUGGGCCAACAUAAGGCUGCCUGCUGUUGAGGUGCUUUCAGCCUGUCCCCGAGUCCCUCCUUACUGGUCAGGCCUCUGGAACCCCUGGGGGCUCUUGAGCCUCACGGAUGAUAAAUCACCAAAGAACUGGCCGCCUCCAAGUCUUCUGACCUCUGGCUCCUCUAUCUUGAGUCCCGAGUCCUGUCCUGGAUGUGCUGUAGACCCCCCUCCCCCACCCCGAUCCUCUCACCUUCAACCCCUGCACACUUCUGCCACGCCUCCCCCCAUACACAC